ACGGCUCGCCGAGACUAACAGCAGAUCACUUCACGAGAGGCUGAGCGUUGGUCUUGGCAGACAGACAGCAAUCACCUACACACGCCCGUGGAUACACGAAGAUGGCGAUGUCCAAAAGUGCGAAUACUUAUAACAGACAAAAUUGGGAAGACUCUGAGUUUCCCAUUUUGUGCCAGACAUGUCUUGGGGACAACCCUUACAUCCGAAUGACAAAGGAAAAAUAUGGCAAGGAGUGCAAGACAUGCGGCCGACCCUUCACAGUGUUCCGUUGGUGUCCUGGGGCCCGAAUGCGAUUCAAGAAAACUGAGGUGUGUCAGACUUGCAGCAAAGUGAAAAACGUCUGCCAGACCUGCCUCUUAGAUCUAGAAUAUGGUUUACCUGUCCAAGUGCGUGACUCAGCCUUGAAGCUACAAGAAAGCAUGCCGAAGUCUGAUGUUAAUAAAGAAUACUACACUCAAAACAUGGAGAGAGAGAUUGCCAAUACUGAUGGAAUUUCGCCUGUAGGAGCUCUGACAGGCAAAGCACAAACACCUAGUGACAUGCUGUUGAAACUGGCCAGAACAACUCCCUAUUACAAACGAAAUCGGCCUCACAUUUGUUCUUUUUGGGUAAAAGGUGAAUGCAAAAGAGGCGAGGAGUGUCCGUAUAGACACGAAAAACCAACUGAUCCUGACGAUCCAUUGGCCGAUCAGAACAUUAAAGACAGGUUCCAUGGCAUCAAUGAUCCAGUAGCAGAGAAGCUUCUAGGUCGCUACAAUUCCAUGCCAAAGCUGGAGCCACCAGAAGAUAAAACAGUUACCACUCUAUAUGUUGGCAACCUUGGCGACAAAGUUGGGGAAAAAGAAAUCAGAGACCAUUUCUACCAGUUUGGGGAAAUUCGAUCCAUCAACAUAGUGAUUAAACAGCAGUGUGCAUUUGUACAAUUCACAUCUCGCUCAUCUGCUGAGGCAGCCGCUGACAAGUCUUUUAAUAAGCUGAUCAUAAAUGGACGUCGGCUUAAUAUCAAGUGGGGGCGAUCGCAAGCACAACAGUCCAUGGUUCGGAAAGAUAAUAUGGAAGGCGAUCUUCCUUUGGAGCCAGUUCCUGGUCUUCCAGGAGCUCUACCAAUGCCUCCCGAAGAGUUGGCAAAUAAUUUCUUCAAUCUUGGGGGAGGUCCUUCACCAGCUAUGCCUCCUCGGGGCAUGUCUCCACGAGGUCCCCCACCCAUGCACCCGUUUGGCAUGCCUAUACGUGGACCAUUUCCACCAGGUAUGCACCUCCCACCACCACCACCUGGUGUAAUGCCCAUGCGACCUCCACCUGGAAUGCCACCUCGACCAUCUGGACCUGCCCCUGUUCACUAUCCUUCUCAGGAUCCAACCAGAAUGGGCGCUGUUGCCUCAGCCUCCAAAAGUUAAAAUAAAGUGUUUUUUAUCAAGAACUAUCUUGAUGGAUGAGAAAAGUUCAAAUAAAAGUUUCAUCUUUGUAAAA